UGGCAGUGGCAGAGGUGAGCUGCUGCUGCUGCUGCGCACUCAGCUCUCACUCAUCAACUGCGCUCUGGGAAAAAAAGCAGCCGACGGAUUAUCCAGCUCCCUAACGCUGUUAGCUCGUCGGCUAACGGACAAGCCAGGGGACCAUGAAAAGCCGCUGGAGCCAGUGAAAGUUAGUCACGGGUUACUUUGGGACUUUAAUGCACGUAAAGAUACCAAAAAGGAGGUUCGCGGAUCAUGCCGUCGCCCUCAGUGGGAACUUUUGUCUAGAAUUUCCACUCGGGAAAGGCUAGCUCAGGGGCUAGCGAGGCUGCAAACUAUUUUUAAUUGGCUUUGGGCUCAAUGGCUCUCGCUUGUUUUUCCCUGUCAUAGCGACAGCUUGGAAAAUUGGGAGAGGCCCUGUGAAGUUCAUGAUAAACCAAAGCCCAGUUUGGGAGCUUAAGAUCGGACGACUAAACUGGCAAAGGAGCGAAAAAUGAAGAAGCAGUUCAAUCGGAUGAAACAGCUCGCCAAUCAAACAGUUGGCAGGGCAGAGAAAACAGAAGUCCUCAGCGAUGACCUCCUGCAGAUCGAACGACGCAUGGAGCUGGUGCGUGUGGUGUCCCACAACACACACAAAAAGAUGGUGUCAUGUCUACAGGGACACAUCGGUGCAGAUGCAGAGAAGAGACAUUCUGUACCACGCCUCUAUACAGGAAAUGGUCAGAAAAAGCUUCCUCUCACAGCACUAUCCCAAGCAAUGAUUGAAGGUGGAAACCAGUUGGGAGAAGACUCCUUGAUAGGGAAGAUGAUGGAGGUGUGCGGAGAGGCCGAAAAUCGCCUGGCAUCAGAACUGAUGCAACACGAGCUGCAGAUAGAAAAGGAUGUUCUGGAUCCACUCAGCCAGUUAGCAGAGGUGGAAAUUCCUAACAUCCUGAAGCAGAGGAAACAGCUGGCCAAAUUGGUGCUGGACUAUGAUUCUGCCAGAGCAAGAUGGUUGCAGGCAACCAAGUCAAUAAUCUCAGGAACAAACACUCAAGCACUGACGGCCAAGGCUGACCUACUCAAGGAAGAGGUGGAUGAGGCCAUGAACAAAGUGGAGCUUUGCAAGGAUCAGCUUGCUGCAGAUAUGUACAGUUUUUUCUCAAAAGAAGGGGACUAUGCACACUAUUUCGUAACGCUCUUAGAAGCUCAGGCCGAUUACCACAGAAAGUCGCUCACUGUUCUGGAGAGUGUCUUGCCAACCAUCCAGGCUCAGCAAGAUUCAUGGAUGGAAAAGCCUGCGUUUGGCACUGGGUUGGAUGAACACCUGAAAAGGAGUGGAAGGGAGAUCGCCCUGCCAAUAGAGGCCUGCGUCAUGAUGCUUCUGGAGACGGGCAUGAAGGAAGAGGGUCUAUUCAGAAUUGCAGCAGGGGCAUCCAAGUUAAAGAAGCUAAAGGCGGCGCUGGACUGUUACACUUCACAACUGGAGGAGUUCUACUCUGACCCCCAUGCUGUCGCUGGAGCACUGAAGUCCUACCUGAGGGAACUUCCUGAACCUCUAAUGACCUACCAGCUUUAUGAUGAAUGGAUCCAGGCAUCCAGUGUGUCUGACCCAGACAAACGGCUCCAGGCACUCUGGGUCGUAUGUGAUAAACUACCAAAGAACAACAAAAACAACCUGAGGUAUCUGGUGAAGUUUUUAGCCAAACUGGCUCAGGAGAGUGAGCUGAACAAAAUGACCCCUAGCAACAUUGCCAUUGUCCUGGGACCCAAUUUGCUCUGGGCCAAGACUGAAGGGAGUCUGGCUGAGAUGGCUGCAGCUACCUCUGUGCACGUGGUGGCCAUUGUAGAGCCCAUUAUCCAACAUGGGGACUGGUUCUUUCCUGAGGAUGUGGAGUUCAAUGUGUCUGGCAUGUUUGUGAUGCCCACACCUGCAUCCAACCACAACAAUCACUUAGAUUAUGACUCUGGCACCAUUGAAAGGAAGAGACCUGGCAGCAUGGUGGGACCAGAGAACGACACAGCGCGCAAAGACAACACCACUAACAAGCACUCAGACCACACCCUUCGUAGAGGCAGUAACACCUUAGGGAGAAAGCAGCACACUUCACCUGCUUUCCAGCCUCCUUUACCCCCUGUGGAGGCUCAAGGGCAGGGACACGGGGCCGGGCAGGUUCCCCAGGCCUCGGCUGAGCCCCAGUCACAAGCUCCACCUGGGGGUUCAGGGUUUGAUCCUUCCCAGCAAAGCUUGGCACAGAGUCUUGCUGCUCUCGCAGCUGCUCAACAGCUUCUAGCCCAGCACACAGAGGAGCUCAGCAGCCCAAAGCUACGUGACUCUACAUUCACCCCAACCCCUGUGCUCCAGAGGAAUGGCUCUGGAGGAGGCAGCCAGGCUGCUGGGCAGCUAGCCACUGGAACCCCUGGGGCUGGAUCCAUGGGGCCCAGUCCACAUAUGAUGCGCAGAGGUACCAAGAAGCAGGCUCCUGCUCCUCCCAAACCAACAAACCCUCCUCCCAGUCAACCCUGUAAUUCAGUAAACCACACCUCAUCCUCUGGCUCAUCCCAGACUGUCAGUCCCACCCCCAGACCCCUGUCUAGCCACUCAUCCACUCCCCCACUAACCUCACAGCCAUGUGCCACACCUAGGCGCCAUUCAAGCAACCAGCCCCCAAUCCAGGCGCCCAGCCAUCCGCCCCCAGAACCUCCAACGCAGGUCAAUCACCCUACGCAACCUGCAUUCCUCGGCCAGCCCAGUGGGGACCAGCACAGUGCCGACCCCUCACCUCCAGGAACCCCAACCCCCCCAGACACCCCUCCGCCCUCCACUAGCAGCCAGGAUGUAGUCACCCCUCCAUCCCCAUCUCCCUACCAGUCAGGCUCGCUUCCUCGGCCGCGGCCUGUCCCCAAACCUCGGAACAGGCCCAGCAUUCCCCCACCACCCCAACCCACCACCCUGACCAAUGAGACCAAUGGGAUCUGCACAAAGAUGAUGGAUCCGGUGAUGUCUUUCAAAGGUUUGAGUCGAGCGUUGGUCCCUGAGCUUGCGGUAGAACAGCAGCUAGCGGCCGCCGCCUCCUCCUCUCUGCCUCCUCCCAAAGACUGUGACCUGGACACCGAGAGCACUGUCCUAUAAGGAGGCGCCUUUUCUCAUCAUGCACACACCUCAUUUAGUCUCCUCUCUAGCCCAUACCUGCAGGCCUCUUAUAUAAGAUAAACCUCUCCUGGUGCACCUUGUAUGAAGGACAAUAAACUACUGGCAGCCAUCAUGGAGGUCAAACAGCUUUCUGUCAGCAAAAUACCAGUCAUAUGAUUAACCUUUGACAUGUUAGUUUAUUAUGUAUGAAAUACACUCUACUAGUAUUUAUACAAACUACUACACACACACAUGCACACACACAUUAAUAUAGGGAUGAGCUAGUUGAGUUGCAGUUUGUCUUUGUUCAUUACCUGUGGUAGUCUUCAUAUUAUGUAUGUCAUAACUAGAGCUUAAACUCAACAGAUCAAUAAGUAUUAUUGAUGUAUAAUAGAUUUUUAAGCUAAUAGGGUAAAACAUCACUAAAUCUCAAUGCCAGGCGAGCUGUUUAAGCUGCUUAGGCCUGCAUCUGAUUGCAGUGCAUCUGCAAGCUGCUUUGCAACCCCCCCAGCUCCUUUAUUUCAUGCCGUUUCUAACUUAAAAAAAUUUCCACUACUUUUACCAUUACUUGCAGUUUGUAUGUCUCAGCAGUGAUUAGCAGUCACUUCCUGACAGUCUUCUCGACCUCCAUGAUGUUGCCAGAUGUGGUUUGCAGGGAGACUCGUGAUACAAAGCCUUUACACUGCAGCAUAUACCACCCCCCCCCCCCUGUCUUUAUACCACACUCCCUACAGAACAAGCUCCAGACAAUCAUCAAAGAAGAGCAGAGCAGAAGGGCUGAAGAUGAACUCGUGGUGCUGUCGGAGACUCUGUUACAGCAAUAUAAAGAACACGGAGUAGCGUGGGGGUUGCCAAAAUAUGGACUGAUAAGACUUGGCUGUAUUUGGUGUGAGGUUUUUUUUUGUGUGUGUGUGUGUGUGUUUUUCAGUGUUGAAUAUGGCCUUAGAAUAAAAAAUAAGUUGUAUUUUUUAAAGGGGGGGCAGGGGGAAACAAGUCAUCGGAAUAGAAUAGAAACCAAAACAGUGCUGGUGACUGCAGGUUUCCAGUCAUCUCAGACACUUAAUUUACACCCCACCCCUUUUUUUUUUUUUUCUGUCUCUAUGGGAAACCCCAUCCUUUUCCCUCCUGCCUGUAUUUAUUUACCAAUUUAAAAACACACAUUCCCUGUGGCUUGACAUCAUUAAUGCAGUCUAUAAAUGUACACCAUGCCUUAUCGGUUCCUCCUAGAACUAUGAAAUAAACAUUUACUGUACGGAGGAUUCCCUUCUAGUACUACAAGUAUUUCUAAGAAGCUGUAUGGGUAGCAGGUAUGUUUCAGGCUCUGUCCAAUUAAAAACUGUGCGGUUGUGUGUUGUUCCACAGAUGUCGUGUAUUUAAAUGUGUUCGGGUUUUCUAAGCAGACGUAGCAGGGUUAACUCGACCCUCCCAGCCUGAAUGCAGUCAGUAUUUUUGCCUUUCUGUUUCUCCGUCUAUCUUUGUGUGUUCUCUGGUGUUUGCUAGGGCAUUACACACGACAGGCUGAGCGUUAGCGAAUGUAGUGAAAAAACUGGCCUCAUCACCCUGAACAGAAAGAUGCAUAAAGAGCUGAUUUUGCACUUGAGCAUAGGCCGGACUCAUUGAGUGGUUUUCUAGUGAACUGGUUUAGAGGGCUUGUUUAUAUUUUUGGUUUCUCUCUCUUUCCCACUGAGCUGAGUGAACACAGUACUGUGAUAUCUCAGUAGUGAUGUGGUGUUAGAGUUUGCCAGGUCAUUUAUUUUAUUUCAUUUUAAAUGGCUUUGUUGUAUUUUCUGUGUAAACUUUGCUUCAUUAUUAUUAUUAUUUGGCCUCGAAUAUAAUGCAGAUUUUGGUUCCUAGAGAACUGACCCAACAUGGUACCAGUGGAGAAAGUCUUGUAUGCUGCAGUUGCCCUGAAAACAAGUUGUGUUUUUCAGAGACAAUCAAAGCAUUAUAAUCCCCUCCUUUCUCUCUUUACGCUCCUGUACCUGGCUGCCUUAUCCCUGUGCAUCGAGAGAACAAACAAAUGCCAUUAAACUAGAAAUGAUAAUGCUGCAUUUUUAAGUUCCAUAGUUUUAUAUGUAUGCUGUCUGGUGAGCUUAAACAUGGGAAAAAAAAAACAUGUAAUAUGCUUUCCUUUCCAAAGAAAAUAAAG